CUGUCAACUUGUUUAUGUUGCUCUCGAUUUGAUGCCAAGCUGUGCAAGUCAUUGUUGAGGCUGUGGAGAGGAGGGUAAACACAGCAUAUAAUUUGGCUCUGUAUAUUUUUUAUUUAUUUCACAAGUUGGAGGUGCAAAAAAGCGUGCAACGAGAGUGACCUUAAAAAUGAUGGGGAUGGACAACCAACUUGAUGAUAAAGUAAUGAAAUACAACAAUUUGAAGACUUAUAUUUUUUGCUGGCAAAAGUGUGCUGAGAAAAUUAAACGAGUCCUACAAUUCCUAUGGCAUGCUUACUCCACUCCUACUCCAAAUAACUGGAAGGAACUGCUCGUCCUUUUCCUGUCAUGCUUGAGCAUAUGCGCCAUCAUCAGUGGCCUCCUUCACAACUGGAUGUUUUCAUCUCUGAAGUACGGGAUGUACAUAAGCUGGAUCAUAACCAAAAUGUUUGCAAUCAUUAUGUUCCUGCUUCUCUUCAUAGUUCACCCCAUGCGCUGUGUAUUUACUAUUGUAAUCCCCACGUUAGGCACAAAACAAGGACGCGAUCUCCUCCUUUCCACUUGCUUCAUGCUUGUGGCCGUCAACAAUAUCCCCAAUAUGAUGGGUAACAUCAAGAUGGUUCUCAAGCUCCUUCAAUGCGUUGCAGUGACCUCGAUCGAUAGCCUUGUGAACUCAACAAAACAAGUAGAGGACAUGAAAGAUGCACUGGUUAGGGAACUAAUAAAUGUGCAAAAAUUUGUGGAGAACAAGUUAGCUCAAUCGAAACAGAAAUGGGAAUUUAAUUCAGAUUUCAAUCAGUCGUCAUUGAAGAACCACCUGCAAACAAUCGGCAACGAAAUCCAGAGUAAUAUUUCAAUAUUUCAGACUUUACUCAGCGAGAUCACACUGCACACCAACAGAGCACUUGCUGCCUUUGUUUUCUUUUAUUUGGCCAUCAGCUCAAUUCGGUAUCUCAAGGGCUACCUGACAAAUCUGGAGUUUGACAAUGUGUACAUUACUGGCAAGUUAACACAGCUGCUGCCAGCAAAGAAGGGGAAGCCCAUGCUGAAACGAAACGCGAGCAAAACGUUAAUCAAAUCCACAGGGUUAAAAAUGUCAUCAGAUGAAGUGGCCAGAUGUGUCAAGCACAUGGUACUGAGCACGGCGUAUUUAGCCCUGUCCAUAGUGAUCAUAACGACAGAUUUUGUCAUCUUUAAUUUCACCUCAAGGGUGCUGCAAUUGACAGUUGACAUUCCACCCAUACCUGUCGAAAUGGGAUUCAUAUACAAAGUAGAUGUGGAGACCAUAAUAGAUCGAAUUUUGAACAAAAGGCUCGUCCCAAUUCAACUGCGAAAGGAAGCAAAUUUUCCUUGGAAUGUCACCCUUGUAUCAGAUAGAUGCAUAUUUCAUCCAUCUCACCCAAAUGUCCAGAUCAUUUAUGUCAUCUGUCUGCUUUAUUAUAUUGCCUAUAUUACAGUGUUUUUGGAAACCUAUGCAUUGCGUGCACGAAGAAAGAUUUCUGCAAGCUUCUUUGAGCAACGGGAAGAUGAAAGGAUCAAAUAUCUCCAUCAAAAGUUGGUAAAAGAUUCAGAACAUCAAUUCAGUGACAACAUAGUUGUUUUCACUGUGUCAGAACAAUGUCACGUAAGCUUUAAAGGACAAAGUAAAAUGUGAUUGUAUCCUAUUGGCCUGUCAUUUUUAGUUACAUAAGAAAGAAUUGAAUUGCACCUCAGAUCCCAAAGUACUGUACAUGCAACAUUUCUGUACUAACACAGGAAAAGCAGUAUCCACUUUGCGCUCAAUGUGCUUUCAAAAACAAUAAUGCUAUCAUGUUCAGCUAGAAUAGUAGAAUAGAAUAGAAUAGUUUCUUUAUUGUCAUUGUAACAUGAACCAUGUACAACGAAAUUUAAAAAUGUCAGCCAGUCAGUGCACCAUUCAACCAUUUCUAAAAGCUAAAGAUACAUACAAGAUAAAAUAUUAAAAGAUAAACAACUAAAAUAAAUAUCAUGAAAAUAGCACGCAUAAACACCCAACCCUCCAUCCUUCUGUCAAUUUCACAGUGUACCACAGUUCCUUAGUAUGUAUCGCCCUUGCGUUCCUUGGCGGCUACAUUUAGUGCUUUUAUAGCAGUGGGGUAAAAACUGUUUUUUAGUCUGUUCGUCCUUGUCCUUGUAGAUCUGUACCGUCUGCCUGACGGCAACAGUUAAAACAGGGAGUGUCCGGGGUGGGAAAUGUCCUUUAUAAUACUCUGGGAUUUUUUGAUGCAGCGGGAACUGUGUAAGUCCUCCAAGGUAAGGAGAGGGCAGCCGACAAUCCUCUGGGCGCUGUCAAUGGCCCUCUGGAGCGCUUUCCUCUGAGCCGCUGUGCAGCUGGUGUACCACACGCAUACACAGUAUGUUAGUAUGCUCUCAAUGGAGCACCGAUUAAAGGACUAGUCUUUUUAAGUGAUUUUAAUUGAGCGAAAAUAGAGACGAAAUUGCAGGAACCCUGGCUGGCACAUAUGAAUCAUCAUUAGACAUGGGCUAGUUUUAUUUUAGUUUUAGAGAUACAGCAUGGAAACAGGCCCACCAAGACCAUUGAUCAACCGUUCACACUAGUUCUCUGUCAUUCCACUUUUGCUUCCACUCCCUGCACACCAAUUUGCAGAGGCCACUUAACCGACCAAACCACACACUAUAUAUGUGUGAAUGUGUGUUUGUGUGAGAGGCAAGAUAGAGAUAAUAGACGUCAAAGUUCCCUCAUGUAUCAGAAGCUCUAUCAUCUUUGACCACAACUGUUUGCGGGACAGCCACUGCAGUGACUCCUCCAGACCACUGGGAGUCUCGCGGCUGCAAAAGGCAAAUUCAGUUAAAUGGACAGAUUAGCGUGAAGGUUUUGCAAACUCCAAGGUGUCCUGAACCCAAUCUGCAGUAUUGUCAUCUUCACAUCAAAAUAGACAUUAGACCAAAAUGGUCAAGUUCCCAGAUUAAAAAGCAGCAUCAGUUCAAAUACAAUGAUAGCAUUGUAGAAUUUGCAUUCAAUUUUAACAAAAGAAAUCUGAAAAUAAAAAGCGGAGAGGAGAAAAGGCGACCAUAAAAUUGUGGGAUUGAUGUUAAAGUCUAGUUGGUCAGAAAAAGUAUAUGCUUCAGAGAAGGAAAAUAUUGUUCUUUGGUCCGCAGUUGCUGCUUGAACAAGUGUGAUAAUGCGAUAAACGGCUAUAUUAUUUUGUAAGAGCCAUUUAAAACUAAAUGCAGUUCUGUAAUCUGCUAUAAUCUACUGAGUUUGUAUUUGCUUUGUUUAAUUUUGCUUUACAAUAAACCUGAUAUAAUGUUUUAAUCUGGAAUACAGCACCUGUCAAUUAAAAGUCUUGGAUCAAUUAAGUAACACAUCAUUCCAAGUGCAUAAUAUCAUCAGCAAAAUGAUUAAUCUCUCACUCUGUAGUGUGCCAGUCUAAACUAAUUUUUGAAGAUCAUAUUUACUUCAUAAAGCACGUAGUUUGACCUGUGAAAAGAGCCACUGAACCAGGUGAAAAAUGAAAUAAACUACAGUUCAAUGUGGAUAAAUGUGAGGUUAUCCACUUUGGUGGCAAAAACAGGAAGGCAGAUUAUUAUAUGAAUGGUGUCAAGUUGGGAAAAGGGGAAGUGCAACAAAAUCUGGGGGUCCUUGUGCAUCAGUCACUGAAAGUAAGCCUGCAGGUACAGCAGGCAGUGAAGAACGCGAAUGGCAUGUUGGCCUUCAUAUCAAGGAGUUGAGAAUAGGAGCAAAGAGGUCCUUCUGCAGUUGUUCAGGGCCCUACUGAGACCACACCUGGAGUAUUAUGUGCAGUUUUGGUCUCC